GUUGAUCGCACAGAAAGGAUCAAAAACAGUUUGAACCCUAAAUUUUCCAAGAAAUUCCAGAUUGAUUACUAUUUUGAACUGGUUCAGAAACUCAAAUUUGGGGUUUUUGACAUUGACAAUACAACUGUUCAGCUGAACGAUGAUGACUUCUUAGGAGAAUUUGAAUGCACAUUGGCACAGGAUUUGUUUGGAAAAUCUGAUCCUUAUUUGGAAUUUCACAAGCAAACGUCUGAGGGAAAAUGGGUGAUGGUGCAUAGGACAGAAGUUAUUAAAAAUAAUUUGAAUCCUGUCUGGAGACCGUUCAAAAUCUCUCUCAACUCUUUGUGUUAUGGCGACAUGGACAAAGCAAUCAAGGUUGAGUGCUAUGACUACGACAAUGAUGGAUCGCAUGAUCUCAUAGGGACGUUUCAAGCUACAAUGUCUAAAUUGAAGGAAGCCUCUCGACAUUCACCAAUUGAAUUUGAAUGCAUCAAUGAAAAGAAGAGGCAGAAAAAGAAAAGCUACAAGAACUCAGGGAUUGUGAGCUUUAAACACUGUGAGGUCAUCACAGAAUGUACUUUCCUUGACUACGUCAUGGGAGGAUGCCAGCUGAAUUUUACUGUUGGUAUUGAUUUUACUGGGUCUAAUGGAGAUCCUCGUUCUUCAGACUCCUUACAUUACAUCAGCCCCAAUGGAGUGAAUGAAUACUUGUCAGCCAUUUGGUCUGUAGGAAUGGUCAUUCAGGAUUAUGAUGCCAAUAUUUUAUACUGCUGAUUAUCACGGAUGGGGUGAUAACAGACCUCGAUGAGACCAGAUCGGCUAUUGUCAAUGCAUCUAAGCUUCCCAUGUCCAUCAUCAUUGUUGGUGUCGGAGGUGCUGAUUUCAGUGCCAUGGAAUUUCUGGACAGUGACAGCGGAGCUUUGAGAUCACGUUCAGGAGAGGCUGCUGUUCGAGACAUUGUCCAGUUUGUGCCAUUUAGACACUUCCACAAU